AUGGGUAGAAAAAAAGUUACAACUUAUCAAAAGUUGAAGGUCCUAACGCUUUUACAAGCUGGUUUUUCAUAUGAAAAUAUUCGAAAUCAGCUUGGUGUUUCAAAUGGUUGUAUCAGCAACAUCUCAAAAAAAGACAAAUUAAAACUACCAUUAGAAAAUCGUCCAGGGCAAGGUCGAAAAAAGUUGACAACUUUUAAAGAAGAUCGUUAUUUAUUAAAUUUAAUGAAGAAGGAUCGUCGAAAAAGUAGUCGACAAUUAGCAUCUGACUGGAAUUCAUCACAUGAAAAAUCAAUUAGUGCACGAACGAAGUCUUUUGUACGUCGUCUUUCAUCAGAAUCUGAUAAACCAUUUAAUUUUCAACCACGUAUUCAAGGUGGUGGCGGAUCAAUUAGUGUUCGGGGAAUUAUGACAGCCAAAGGAGGUGGUCCUCUUGUCUUUUAUGAUGGUCGUAUGAAUGGUCCAACCUACAUUAGUAUUAUUGAACUCGUUUUAUUACCAUUUAUUGAAAAAAAUUUCGAUCGAGAUGUUACCUAUUGGCCAGCCGUAUCACCGGAUUUUAAUGUUAUCGAAAACUUAUGGGAUAUAAUUGACAAUAAACUCAACAACUAUCGACUGAACAAUGUUAAUGAUCUUCAACAAGCUAUUCUGGAAAUAUGGACACAAAUAUCAAAUGAAACAUGCGAAACUUUAGUUCGAUCAAUGCCACGGCGCAUUAAAAAAUGUUUUUGUGUAAAAGGAAAUACUUCAGCAAAAUACUGA